AUGCGCAAGAAUGCCGUGGUGACAGGAGCUUCGCGCGGCAUUGGGGCGCAGAUCGCCCGCGUGCUGGCCACCCGUGGGGCCAAUGUAGCCCUCUGUUUUGUCUCCGAUAGUCAGCGAGCGAAUGCGGCUGCUCUCGCCGAGGACCUGCGUGCCAUCGGGGUGCGGACAAUCUGCAUCCAGGAAGAUCUCGCUGCGGACGGGGCCGCCCAGCGCAUAAUUUCCCAAGCCCUAAUGGGCCUCAAUGUCACAACCAUUGACAUCCUCAUCAACAACGCAGCUCUUGAUCCGCCCACUCCGACACCAGCCUCUGAGAGCGAUCCCUCCCUUUUCGACCGAUUCAUGCGAGUGAAUGCCCGAGCGCCGCUCGAGCUGGUAACUGCCCUGGUGCCCAGACUGCCGCCAUCCGGGGGUCGAAUUGUUAGCAUUUCCUCGGUGCUCUCGCAGCGGCCCGAUGUACCAUUCGCCGUCUGGGCUGCGUCAAAGGCUGCCUUGGAGUGUCUUUCUCGGUACUGGGCCAUGGAGCUAGCGAGUGCCCACAGACUGACCAGCAACGUGGUUGCGAUCGGGCCCACGAUGACGAACUAUCACCGCCAUGACCCGCCCGAGGUGCUGGCCGAACUUGCCCAACUACCGAGUGCCGCCAAACGUCUCGCCACACCCGAUGACAUUGCGCAGAUUGUGGCAUUCUUGGCCAGCGAUGCAGGACGGUGGAUAAACGGCGAGGUGAUUCAGGGGAAUGGGGGUAUGGUGUUUGGGUAG